AUGUACAAACUCGAUCCAUUAGUACAAAAGUUAACGCAUUUUGUACAUACAGACAGUAUGUAUAAAUUGAAAAAUCUUUUCCCUCACUCGAAUGAUUCCAAUAUUGUAAACAACAACAUAUCCUGUGCAGCACACGACACAAGUGAACGUGAUCAGACUAUACUGAAUGAAUUGCACCAGUUGGACAACAAUAUCACAUUCUUGUUGAAUAUAUUCAAAAGUUAUAAGCCGAAGAAGAAGAAGGACUGUAGUCAGACCACGUCGACGGCGACAAAUACGACUGCCACCGCCACUCGUACUGUUAGCACAGCUGAGACUGUUGCUUUGAAGAAGUCUUUCGUCGAUGAAUUACACGAAUUAAGUAGUCAUGUGAAUAAUCUUUUAAAUUAUCCUAAAGAGGAUCGUACUUCUACUAGUACGACUACUACUACUAACGCUCAAAGUGUCCAGGCCCUACUAAGUCGACUAGACGGUAAACUCAACAGUCUAAUCGAUCUAUUUACAAGUUAUCCUAAUCAACUGGUGAACACAACAACAACAACACCUUCUACAGGUGUGGUGAAUUGCCUCCUCCCCAUGAGAAUACCUAAAGAACCAGUCACUUUUAUUAUUCAAUGUAAUCCAUAUGAUCCACCAUAUCCUGUAUUAUUGUUUCUUCAUUUAUUGGUAACAAAUAACUUUAGAGUUACAAUUCAAUCAACUAACCAUUCAGUAUUACCAAAGCCACUUGAAACACUAUUUGACCUUUUUAUGGUGGUAUCUUCCGGAAUGACUAUAACGGAUACAAAUUUACACUUACAUUUUAUAUGGAAUCCAUUGUGUACUGAAUGUAGGGUAUCACGUGUUGGAUUACCCUUGGUGCCAGGCGCUUAUGGUGAACUUAUCCUAGUUCAAGAAAUCUAUAAUUUGUUUGAAUCCGUUGAUAAUAAUAAAAAAAAUAUGUUAGCAGUUAUAUAUACGAUUUACUCAAGCUUUGUAUCUUUGCCUAAAUCAUUUUCAUCAUCUGCAACGUUAGUUCGAUUUAGCCAGAGAAUCUACGAUUGAUUUUCUAGAUAAAAAUUCAUAUUUUGUUAAUAUUACACGUGAUUUUCCAUCGAUUGUUGACUGUUUAUUAUAUGAUUGUAUUAAACGAUUGAAUUUGUUCAAUGAAUUACCGGGUAAUUUAAAAUUAUGGGUAAAAUUUUGUCGGAAAUGGGAGACUUUUCGAUUGUUUUAAUGUUUUAUUUUUUGCUUUUGGGAGGAUGAAGAAGUUUUGAUCCUCGAAAUCAACAUCAUGAAAAAAAUUAUUCAAUUGGUUAAACAGGAAAAAUUGACAACGCUUAAUAAUAAUUAAAAUAAUCAUCCAUAUUUUCUAAAGCUUACUCAUGAUUUCCCGUUAAUUAUUGACUAUUAUUUG